AGUAUUCUAGGCUUAAAAAAUGACACUGCCUCACCAUUUCCCUUUAAAGAAGAGAGUGUGAACUCCUGCUGAAGAAGGAAAAACUGUGGUUUUAGCGCGAUACACUUAUUGUGUGCAUAUCAAUCUUUUGAUUUUUCUGCAAAACUUCUGGUUUAAUCUAGCAAGUUCAGGCUUUUGAUUCUUGAUUGGCUCCUGAGCCAUAUAGUUCCGUCUUUUUUUCUUUUCAUUUUCCCAGAUAGUUCAUGAAUAACCUUUUCCAAGAAUACCCAAAUUCCAUGAACAGAUUCGUAUUUGACCACGCUUCAGUUUCUUUCUCUCCAAAUAGGGAUCUUGUUAAUGGAUAUAAACUCAAUGAUACCUUGAGUAGUCCAAAUCCAUCUUUUAAUUAUUUCAAUCCUGAAUCGCCUAGUGACUCAACAUCAUCAUCUUCUUCCUCAAAUUCAUGUUCUGAAGUAUAUGGUCCAAGCAAUAAUGUUACUCUCAAGUUCAUAAGCGAUGUGCUUUUGGAGGAGGACUUGGAGGGUAAGACAUGUAUGUUGCAGGACUGUUUAACCCUCCAAGCCGCCGAGAAAUCCUUAUACGAUGUCCUUGGUCAGGAGUACCCCCAUUCGUCGAAUCAAAUUCUUUCUUGUUUCAAUCAAAAUGUUGAAAGCCCGAAUGAUGGUGUCACUUGGAUUAACAAUACUGGUAGCACCAACGGCUAUCAUACUGCUAACAACUUGGUUGAAAAAUCCGAUUGGAUUUUUGAUCAAGCUGAUUUGGAGUUAUCUCAAGUACCGCAAUCCUCUCCGGUUCUCUCCCUUGAAAAAACCCCUCUAGGAACAGAUUUCCAAGGUCCGGCGCAUCCUUAUGAGAUGCUCAGCAAAGGGGAAGGAGAAGCCGGCAUUUCUCUUUCAACUAGUGAUUAUUUGAUGUCAUCUCCAGAGCGCAGCUCCUCCAACCCUCCGGACAAGGAGGAGAGAGGCUACUCACCAAAUAGUUCACGGGGAAGGAAAAAUCAUCAGCGCGAAGAUAGUGAUGAUUUAGAAGAAGAGAGGGGCAAGAAGCAUUCUGCACUUUCUCCUGCAGAGUCCGAGCAGUCAGAGUUGUUUGACGAGGUAUUGCUUUGUUCAGGUGCACAGAAUGUGUCUGCAUCAUGUGCUCUUCUGGACAAGUCACAAAAUGGAGCAGGGAGAAAUGAACAGAGAAAAGGGUCUAAUGGUAGAGCGGCACGCGCAAAGAGAAAGGAAAAUAAAGAAGAAGUUGUGGAUUUGAGCUCUCUCCUCACCCAAUGUGCACAAGCUGUGGCAAUUGGUGACCAAAGAACUGCAAGUGAGCUACUUAAGCAGAUUAGGCAACACUCUUCUCCAUUUGGUGAUGCAAAUCAAAGGUUGGCGCAUUACUUUGCUAAUGCCCUUGAUACACGUUUAGCCGGCACUAUGACACCUACAUUUGCACCAAUUGCAAGUCACAGAACAUCAGCAGCUGAGAGUGUAAAAGCUUAUCAGGUAUAUGUUAGAGCAUGCCCAUUCAAAAGGAUGUCUAAUUUCUUCGCCAACAGGACAAUUCUGAAACUUGCAAAGAAAGCAACAAGACUACACAUUAUUGAUUUUGGCAUUCUUUACGGUUUUCAAUGGCCUUGCCUAAUCCAGCGUUUAUCAGAAAGACCUGGUGGACCUCCCAGGCUACGUAUUACAGGAAUUGAGCUUCCCCAACCAGAUUUCCGGCCUGCAGAAAGGGUUGAGGAGACAGGCCGUCGCUUAGAAAAAUAUUGUGAGAGGUUUAAAGUCCCUUUCGAGUAUGAUGCCAUAGCACAGAAAUGGGAAACCAUCAGAUAUGAGGAUCUCAGAAUUGACGAAGACGAGAUGAUUGUCGUCAACAGUUUAUAUCGGCUAAGGAACCUCCCCGAUGACACAGUUGUGGAGAAUAGUGCAAGAGACGCUGUUUUGAAGUUGAUCAACAAGAUCAAACCAGACAUGUUUAUCCAUGGGGUUGUAAAUGGUGCUUUCAAUGCGCCAUACUUUGUCACUAGGUUCCGAGAGGCACUCUACCAUUACUCCUCAUUGUUUGAUAUGUUUGAGGCUAAUGUGUCACGUGAAGAUGAAAACAGAAUGCUGUUUGAAAAAGAGCGAUACGGAAGAGAGAUUAUCAAUGUGAUAGCAUGUGAGGGCACAUCAAGAGUUGAAAGGCCAGAGACAUACAAGCAGUGGCAGUCGAGAAAUCUGAGAGCUGGGUUCAGGCAACUUACCUUAGAUCCGGAGCUUUUCAAGGACGUGAGAUCUGUGGUGAAAUCAGAGUACCAUAAAGAUUUUGUUGUUGAUGCAGAUGGCCAGUGGAUGCUUCAGGGAUGGAAGGGGAGAAUAAUCCAUGCUCUUUCUGUUUGGGAACCAGUCCAAGAAUAACAACAUAAAUCUUUCUGUGCUCAUAAAUACUUGGAAUUGCUGUUUUUUUAAGAUCCUGUUAGAAGUUUUUCUACAUCAUAUGUAAAUUUCACCUCAGAUAUCUCAGUAUAACUUUUUUUUGUACAGUAUAUGAAAUAGACUUGGCGAUAAAUUUAUCAUCUUAGCAGU